AGCUAGCUCUCAGCUCCUAAAAUCUACGAAUUUUCGUUUUAAUAUAUUUUUAGGAAAUAAAAAGGAGAAAAGUUAUUGAAAGUCUUAACAGAGCGAUAGGGAGAACACGUAGUGGAAUUUGGUCCGUAUAAGUAACGAAGGACAGAGAGAAGAACACGAUGCUCAUAUGAUUGCCAUCAAAUUUGCUCUGUUUCGCUGCUGAAUUUCGCGGAUAUAUUUAUUUUCAUCUGUUCUUUUUUUCGUUUCUUUGCAAUGUCGGGGGAAACGUCGUCGUUUGGCUUCACUCUCGAGGGAAUCAGCGAUGUUGAUGACUACAUUUGGGCAAAUGAAGGAGAUGGAUCGUUUCCGCGGGACAGAUACAAUCACGUUUUUGAUUUGAUGAGAAAUGGAAACCAUGCAUUCCGAGAGAGUCAUUUUGAGCAUGCAAUUGAUAAUUACUCUAGAGCCAACAAUAUCAAACCCAAUGAUCCUAUUAUUCUGGGAAACAGAAGUUCUACUUACAUCAGGAUUAGUCAAUUCUUGAAGCAAAGAACUUCAUCAGCUUCUGAGCGUAGACCAUUGAAUGGGCUGGAUCCAACGACACAUGCUGAGCUUGCUUUAAAGGAUGCUGAGAAGCUACUGAACCUUCAGAGUAAUUUAGUAAAAUCGUACAUACUAAAGGCCAAUGCCCUCAUUUUGCUGGAAAAAUAUGAGAUGGCUCGAGAUGUAAUUCUUUCAGGUCUUCAGGUUGAUCCCUUUAGCAAGUCUCUCCAGGUUUCUCUACAGAAUUUGGAGAGGCCUUUAGUUGGUUUGAUAGGAAGGAGAAAUCAUGGGAGACCUGAUCGUACAGAUGAUUUUGAUUGCACACUGUGUCUGAAGUUAUUGUAUGAACCCAUCACGACUCCUUGUGGGCAUUCCUUUUGCCGAUCAUGUCUAUUUCAGUCAAUGGAUCGUGGUAACAAAUGUCCAUUGUGCCGCACAGUUCUCUUUAUUAGUCCCAGGACAUGUGCAAUCAGUGUGACACUAAACAACAUUAUAGAAAAGAAUUUCCCAGAGGAAUAUGCUGAAAGGAAGGCAGAGCAUGACAGUUUAAGUAACUUUGGUGUUGAUUUGAUACCUCUGUUUGUAAUGGAUGUUGUCAUCCCAUGUCAGAAGUUUCCUCUCCACAUAUUUGAACCUCGGUACAGACUUAUGGUGAGGCGAGUAAUGGAAGGUAAUCAUCGAAUGGGAAUGGUCAUUGUUGAUUCCACCACAGGUUCAGUAGCUGAUUUUGCUUGUGAAGUGGAGAUUACUGAGUGUGAACCACUUACGGAUGGACGCUUUCUUCUUGAGAUUGAAUGUCGUCGGAGAUUUCAAAUUCUUCGAUCUUGGGAUCAAGAUGGGUAUCGUGUAGCAGAGGUUGAAUGGGUACAGGAUAUAAAUCUAGGAGCAGAAGACAGAGCAGAGUUACAGGAAAUGACCAGUAAUGCAGCCGGAUAUGCUCAAUCAUGGUUAAGGAGGGAAAAAGAAGCAGCACGACAAGAUCGAAGAAGGCUCGAGAAACUCUUCAAUGUAGAAGUGAUGAUGCCCAGUCCACAAGAUCCCGAACGCUUUAGUUUCUGGCUUGCUACCUUGUCAGAGCGAAGACCUGCAGAAAGACUGGAACUUCUGCGUAUUAGAGAUACAAGGGAGCGGCUGAGACGCGGGCUGAUAUUCCUGAGAGCUGAAGAACAAGGCUGCAACGUGCAAUAAGAAGACUUAUAUGGUAUCAAAGCAACAAUCGUGAGGUCAAGAGUCUUGUUCAGACGUUGGAAGCUAUUGGAGAUGCUUUUGGAAAGCAUGAAACCAUUCGAAGAGUUGAAUAGAUUAGAUGUUGUCGAAGAAAACACAGAUGUCACUAGAAAGAUAUGUUAGCAAAAUCAACACAUAAGUUAUUGAAAGCUACCUGCUGGCGAAGAAGACACCGGUGUUAUUGGAAAGACACAAACAUCACCGAGAUCGACAUAGAAGCCGUCGAAAGCUAUCAGUUUGUAGAGAAAAGCAGUCAAAAGUUGAUCUACAGUCCUCUGAAGUCGUGUAAAAACACUUUCUCCUUUACCGUCACUAAUUGUCUGAAGUUUUUUCGAAGUUUACUCGUCCUUACAAUUGUAGCCCACUUCUCUUGUAUUUCCUCCACUAUUGAAUUUCACUCAGUCCAAAUCACCACCAUUCCUCGUAA